GCCACUCCCCAACUACGGAGAAUCGUGAGACCAGUCCGAAAAUCCAACCGGAGACUUCAAAGAAAUGGAACCCGCCGGCCCACCAGCGCAGCCGCCGGCGCCGCACCCACUGGUGGCUCCGCUGUCGUUCCUGCUGGGCAAGUGGCGCGGGGAGGGCGAGGGGACCUUCCCCACCAUCGCCCCGUUCCGCUACGGCGAGGAGAUCCUCUUCUCCCACCACCCUUCCAAGCCGGUGAUCUCGUACACGCAGAGGACGUGGAAGACGGCGUCCGGCGACCCGAUGCACGCCGAGAGUGGGUACUGGCGGCCCCGCCCCGACGGCUCCGUCGAGGUGGUCAUUGCCCAGAGCACAGGCCUCACCGAGGUCCAGACAGGCUCAUAUGAUACUGAAAAGAAAACAGUGACACUCCAAAGCGAACUUAUUGGCAAUGCAUCAAAGGUGAAGCAGAUCACAAGGGCUUUUCAGGUGGUGGACGGGGAGCUCUCGUACAUCGUUCAGAUGGCAACAAUCACAAACAGUCUUCAGCCCCAUUUGAAAGCCCUUCUCAAGAGGAUCUGAGCAAUCUCCUUGGGUGCGAUCGCUAUUGCAACAUACUGUAUCUAAGUUCUACUCCCUCGGUACCGAAAUACAAGACGUUUUUGCUGUUCAGGUACAGAGGUAGUAGAUUAUUUGGGAAACCUAAAAUUUAGCUAAUAAGGAACUUCUGUGUAUUAUUGAGAACAUGAAAAUCUAUCAUUUGCGGGAAUCUGAAGAUUAUUCAGGGCUUACAACAUUCCGCAUAAGCUUAUGAUAUUUGUUUCUGGCCUUA